ACCGAAUCUCGAUGUGGACGGACGGCCCGUCAUCGGCAGGAGAGCGUUUGCCAAGCGGAGAGCAGCGAGCGAGCGAGCCUACCUCAUCUCACCACCGUGCGGAGAGAGACCACCUGAGGGCGGACGGCGAGCCGGAGAGAGGCGGCGAAGCAGGGGGCCGGGGUCCGAAUAGAGAGGAGAAGAUGGCGUUCACCAUGCGCGCGGUGAAGGUGCCGCCGAACUCGGCGUCGAUGGAGGAGGCGCGGCACCGCGUGUUCGACUUCUUCAGGCAGGCGUGCCGCUCCAUCCCCUCCGUCAUGGAGAUCUACAACCUCGACGACGUCGUCACCGCCUCCGAGCUACGCUCCGCCAUCUCCAAGCAGAUCCGCAAGAACCAGGGCGUCUCAGACCCCAAGGUUAUCGAUAUGCUUCUCUUCAACGGGAUGGAGGAGCUGAACAACAUCACGGAACACGCGAAGCAGCGCCACCACAUAAUCGGCCAGUACGUGGUCGGGCAGAAGGGGCUGGUGCAGGACACGGACUCCAAGGACCAAGGGAGCUCCGAGUUCCUGAAGAAAUUCUACACCAGCAACUACUAGCAGACCCGAGGCCGCUACAGAAAUGUUUUUCUACCUUUGUGUGGUAGCCUUUGACUGAAUAAGAUGCUGAGAAACCUACCCCAGCCCGAUUUCAUUUGUCACCGGAGGUUUUGCUUUGUUCAUGUUUGAUGAUUCGAUCAUCUCUACUAAAUGAGAUGCUGUUGCUAGUGAAUUGCUUGUAACUCAAAUAGACUGUUGUACUUCCCAAAGCUGUUGUUCAAGAACUGAUGCAGCUUCUUAUCUGUAUAUUCACUUGCUGCGCUUGUUCCCAAGAAUGUGGAUUCAGUUGAGCUCGGCAAGCUGAUCAACAUAUCUGAAAAGGUUAAAUCUGUGGAUUUCAUGUUCCAAUA